GCCGCCGGAGACGAACGUACAUCCGCGCGCGAAAUAAUCCGCAUCGUCGUAACCACACGUGUGCUAUGUAAGAGUCGUUUUUAAACGUUUCGUUUUUGCUAUAUAAGUGAGUGAAUUUUGGAGAGGUUCAGAAGAUGCAGCAAGCGGGCGCGUGACCACGGACGGGCUGUUGAGCGCGCUGGCCCGACUGCGCCGCCCGCCGCCCCCCCUGCCGCCCCCCCUGCCACACACACAUCCACGAAACGCGGAUGGGCGCACCCAAUCUCCCAAGAUCCAAGCGUCUCGGCCCUCCCCUGAACUUGCCGCAGGUGACGGAAGUAUGACGGUCGCCCGCGGCGAGGAGUCCCCGGAGCGGUUGGGCGGCGCCCUACGGCGGCUGCACUAUCGCGCCACCAGGCGGGCGCAUUCUGCAGCGGCGAGGCACCAUUCCACCACACCUAAGGUAGUCGUCAUGGGCAGCAGCACCACAUCAGACAAAACCAUCAACACCAGCACAGACUCCGCCGCCACCGCCCUCACUUCCAUCACCGGCACGGAUGACUCCAUGGACGCAGAGCCCGAACCACCCGAGCCCCCGCAACCGAACCUCAUCGAUGACACGCCCACCCAAAAGGAAAAACCCAGAAACAAAACGCAGGUGAACCAAAACCUCGGCCUCGGCGGGCCAUCGACGUCAAUGCAAUAUGAUAAAAUCGAACCUCCGAAGAGUCCUAAAGUGAACCAAGCGAAAUAUGAGACACAUUUCAAUUUUGAACCGGAAACCGUGAAGAGGAGAGGCAGCGAGCCGAGAACGAAGAAGUUAAAAGAGAAAGAGUAUUAUAAAGAUGAAGUGGCGAAGUUGAGGAGACAGCUGGAAGGGACUGAGGUUUUUACGACUACGAGAAGGAGAUCUUCUGCGCACCAGCACUCUGUACCGCCGCCGUCGUCGAGGCGACAAUCUACUGCAGCUCAAGUCCACGUAACAGCAAAUCCCCUGGACUCGGCUUCGUCCAUGCCAGCCGGGCGCACGACCAUAGUAGUCCAGCAGCCCUCCCUCUCCCUGGACUAUGGAGGCUGUUCCACCAUUCUCAUCAGGGAUGGGGAGGACGCCCGCCGCAAUAGCCGGUGUGACCACAUCCAACAACUUUUGGAUGUCACCAGCCAGUUCACCUCGGAAGAUCUACAUGAGUUUGAUAAGAGAUACGGCAGUCCACACCACUCCAGGUCACAGUCCGUGAAGGCGGGCAGGUCCAGAACUGGGGAGCGGCAGCUGCUGGGUCUGCCACAGCAGCGGGCGAGGGUCGCCUCCAUGCCGAACACUGGUGUCGAAGAGGAGUACUAUAGACUGCGCCAUUUUAGCAUUACUGGUAAAGGAGUAGUGAACCGCGGAGACUCCCUCAGGUCACGUCGCUCCAGAUCAAACACCUCUGUUGCAUCAAGCGCUUCCAGCACCGAAGCUGUCACCAGAGCAUCAGCACCAUGUUCCUUGGCAUCUUCUAGGGACUCUUCAGCGGGCCUCAGCUCUUACAGGGUGUUGGUGCUGGGCGGACCUGGCGUGGGCAAGUCCAGCCUCGUGGGACAGUUUAUGACGUCAGAAUAUUUGCAUGCAUAUGACACUAGUAUAGAUGACGAAUCCGGAGAGAAAUCAGUGUGUGUGCUGCUAGCUGGAGAAGAAUCCGAGAUAACGUUCCUGGAUUCACCCCCGGAUACUAUUAUUUCAGAAGGCUGCGCGCACGGCUACUGCGUGGUGUACUCCACAGCGGAUCGCGGCAGCUUUGCGGAAGCCGAGAAACGACUGCAGACGCUGUGGGCGGCGGGGCACACCGCCAGGCGGGCGGUGAUACUCGUGGGGAACAAGGCGGAUUUGGCGAGAUCCAGGGUCGUGCCUACUGAUGAGGGCAAAGCUCUCGCUACCUCCUAUGAAUGCAAGUUCAUAGAGACCUCCGUGGGUAUCAACCACAACGUGGACGAGUUACUGGUGGGCCUCCUCACGCAGAUACGCCUGAAGCAGCAGCACGCUGAGCGAGUCAGAAAGCGCAGUAGUUCACGCAAGAACCGCAGCCGCGCCCGCUCGCCGCUUGAAGACGCGUCCGCGUCCGCGCCCGCGCCCGCCCCCUCCUCCGCCUCUAGCACGCCAAGAAAGCGGACGCGGCUGUCUGCUAGUGUAAAGGUGCGCGGCCUCCUGGGGCGAGUGUGGGCCCGCGACUCCAAGUCAAAGUCCUGCGAAAACCUGCACGUACUCUAGCAUUCCAUCGCCGACUCCGUCGCGUGUUUCCCUUUCUUCGACUGCGCGAUCACGUAUUCGUAGGGAAACAGCCCCUGGCGUGACCCCUCCCCUGCAUUUUUAGUCUAUAUUUGUUAUCAGUGCCGUUUCCGGGAUGAUAACUAGAGCUUAUACUUGAGAGAGGCAAACUUGUUGCCAUGAGAGGAAAAAAAGGAUUUCAAAAAGUUGAGAUUUACUAGUUGUCAUAUCAGUUUGUACUAUUUUAAUUUACAGUAAUGAAAGCGAGUUACAAAUGAUUAUACAUGUUACACAACAUAUACAGUACGUUAUUUUGUUAUUUUGAAUUGUAAUUUAUUCUUUUUGUUAAAACUCCUAAUAUUAUUUUUUUUUGUGUCUACUCAAGAUUCCUAUAGCUUCAGUUAUCGCCCUGAACUUUGGUCGAUAUUCGUAAUCUAUGCUAUGUGUUUAUGAUUUUGAUCUCGCUUUAAUAUCAUACAAUAAAAAAUAAUAUGAGCUGUCAAAUGGCACAUUUGCGCGGGAAGAAAAAAAUAUUCAAAAACUGUCUAUGAUCUCUUUGUUAUUCGUAAGUUGUUGAAAUGAGUCAUCAUUCAUUAAUGAUGGAAAUGUUUAUAUAAUUUACAAGCAAUAACUUUUUAACUAUUUUACUACAUAUUGUUGUAGUGUUAUGUUUUGAAUAAUAGAUGUACAAGAUUGAUUGAUACUAAGAUUGUCUACUCCCAAUCAAUUCCCCGCACAGACUUGCUCAUUUUUUAUGAUGUUUAAAAAAGAUCUAAGAGUGACGUCCAUAUUAACUUUGUACAACGUCCAAUAUAAUUUUUAGCUUAUUCGUUUUAUGUCUUUAUAAUUUUUGUCGAUAUAAUUUAUGACUAUGAAGUAAUAUAUUUAAUAUUUAUAUAAUAUGGAGGAGAGUAUACACGCAGUCGUAAAAAGGGGGAAAGACGGGCCGGCGAAGAAAGUAUUUCAAAUCAUAUUGAAAAGAAAUGUUUAAUAUAUACAAUGUGAGUGAAAUAUAAUGAAAGAAAAUAAGUUAACAGAAAUUUUAUUCAACGCCAUCUGUUAACGAAAAAGCUAAACGUAUACUUUUGUGUUAUCUAUGGUAUUAAGGUGAGAAAAUUAAUAAUCCCACAUCUUCCCGCCAUGGAGACUGAAAAAUAAUCUUAUCAGUUUUGAUAUUUUUCUUAUUUUGAGAUCCUUAAAUAAAGAUAAAAUUAAAAAAAAAUGCAUUUUAAACGUCUUCUUGAUUUCAUUAUGAAAUUAUAAAACUAAUAUUCUAAUAUAAAGCAUAUUUUAAAGUCCUAACAUAGAUAACAUGAAUCUUUAUACAAAUUUUGGCAUGUUAUACAACCCGCUAAAAAUAUUAUACAAUCGAUUACAUAUUUGCUUGUUUUGCUUAAUAUAAAAAGAUAUAUUGGAAACAUAACAAGGUGUAGGAAAAUCGGAAGUAUUAGUAGGAUUAGAGACAUAUUGUAUACUAUCAAAUGUCAGUAUGGUUAUAGAAAUAUAUAUUUUAUUUAAAGAAUCACUUGAAAAAGUAAUAUUAUUCCUUAUCGUAACUAUAAUUUUAUAAUAAUAUAUAUUGAAAACAAAGUAACAUUUUGGGUUAGUUUAUGACUUGAAAUAAAAAUAAAAAAAACAAAAUUUUAUACUCUAUGGUCAUACUGCUUUUGACAUAUCAACUAUGUAUAGUAUUAGAUAUGGACUUAUAUGUGAUCCCUGUGACUCCUAAAGUAAUGUUCGUUCACACCAAUUAGGAUUAGGUAUUAUAUUUAAAUUUAAUUAGAUAUAUAUUACUUUCAUUUCUCCUUUUAGACUAUCGUAUAUUCAGAACUUUUUGUUGAAAAUUAUAUAUAUAGAUACCCUUAUAAGGUGUUUAUACAAAUUAUCGUUAUUAAUACAAAAAGUGUAUUUGUGUAUGAAACAUCCUCUUAUUUAACCUUUUUGACGUCUUCAAAUAUAAACUUCCCUGUACUUCUAUAAUCUAUGGUCUCUUGCUUCUACGCUUUACGUUGAAACAAUAACACCAAUUGGGUCCAUACUAAAUGCUAAACGAAUUAGAAAUAGGCAAUUAGAGAGAUAGCUAGAUAUCUGGCCAAUAAAGCAGAGCCAUGAAUAAAGUCGGGUUUUCAUAUGAAUAACAUGGUGGUUUAAAAAGCGAAUAUUCAACAUUGUCACAAUGAUUUGACAAAACAGGAGCUUAAAUGUUUAUGAAAAUACCAUGUAGCUUAAUAAAAUGUGUAACACGAGAUAACAAACGCAAAUGAAAUGUCAUGUAUUAUGUAAUAAAAGAAAACAUAAAUAAAGGAAAAGAAAUAAUAUAAGCAAAAUGUUCCUGGAUCAUUGAUUUGUAUUUGAAGUUUUUAGCCCAUCAUAAGAAUUCGCGAAAACUCUACCACCGCGGUUUGUUAUAAUAUAAAAUACAAUUCGUUACCUUUUUCAUUAAGAUAACCUGUUUUUUUUCUGUCUUCCAUACCUAUUUUUAAAAUGUGCACAAUCAUUAUUAUAGCUUAUGUUCUGAAUUUCCCGCCAAAUCAUUGGUGAGAUUAAAAAAUAAGCUUAUAUCAACUGUCAUUUUUGACAUGUAUCAUAUUAAUUAAAGGCGGUGGUGGGUUAUCAAAUUACAUAUUAUAGAUCUUAGUCCUAAAAUUGGUUAGACAUCUUCAGUGCCUGGUAUAGUGAAGUUUUUUAAUCCCUCCGUAAAACCCGUUUGCCUUAUAUUAUUAGAAUUUCUUUAUUGCGUACGUAAUAGACGCUAGAUUGGUUUAUAUUGAAUAUCUAAUUAAUGUGUGUGUAGAUAUAAGAAAAUGUGUUUUAUCUGUAUCGAUGUUGAAUUUUUGUAUUUUACUAUUUUAGAGCAGUUUCAUGUUAGUGAUAUAAAUUUGAAUAUCGAUGACUCUUUAUUCUAAUACAAAAUAGCAUACUUUGAAAAGCUUUUUAAUUAUAUAUUGAGGUUAUAAUGCUUCAUAUUCAGAAUACAGGUCACGCACAUUCUAACUAAUACGCAAAUCUACAAUGUUGAAUGACAUAUGCAAAUAUUAGCAGAAUGUUUUCACGCAUGUGAGUGACCCUAGUAAGGUUAGUUCACAAUUGAACGACGAACGCCGCGAAACGCGCGUGUCGUGAUGUGAUGUCGCUAAAGUGAUAUAAUGUACACCGAUAUAAAACAUUAAUCUAUGGAACUGCUCUAAAAUAAAAUCGAUUUAUCUAAAUGUCUGUGGAAAUACGAUUCCUAGUGUUAAGUGUCAGAUAAAGCUUAAACCCAGGGUCCAAAUGCAACACCAAUUCCACUUCGCCCUUGGACAAUCCUGGCCCAUUCUAGUCUUAGUUAUCACCAGCAGUAGUUUUUAGACGGCGUGAUCAUGUUGAUUGACAAAUUUGUGUGACACACUUUGUGAAAAUGAUAAGAUCGUGUGGAAGAAACACCAUGCUUUUGUUUUUCACAGAAAUUCAAUGAAUACAAAAACAAUACUUUGAAAAAACUGUUUUUGAUGUUUUCAUUAUAUAAUUAAUGAAAGCUUGCCUUUAGAAAU